CGCUCAAGUCUAACUACACAGUCGUGUUUCGCCACUCGAAAAGAAGGUUAUUGUUACAAUGACACGGGCGCCGGACUAUCGAUAAAGUGUGUUUGUAUGUCGUUUUCGUCGAUAAUAAGUGUUGUGUUUACUUUCACUCGUGCGAAUGUUUCGAUCCUUACCUUUUUGUUUGUUUUUUAUUUCAAUCAUUGCCGCAUGGGACGGCUUUUACGUUUCAGUUAACCUUUUAUUUUGAAACGAUGGAACGUUGUUCUUAUGGUUUUUACACCAAAAGGUAAAGACACCCCAAGGACAACAAAAUUUAGGGAUCGGUCUGAAAUCUUAGACAACACGCAAAAAAAGAAAGAACAAGAUAAAGAAUCCCAGAAUUCAAAUUACCAACAGCAAAUUGUUAAAUCAAAUGAUAAGUCAUUACACAGUACAGAACUCCACAAUGUUAACGUACCUGUAACUCAGCAUGUACCAGCACAACAGUUAUUGUCUCCGACACACAGCUCAAAUCAGUCUGUGCAAUCCAAAGAGGACCAAAAAGAUAAAACAAUAAAGGUUGCUAAUUCAACUACAAUAACCUUGAUAGAGAACAGUACCUUGAAUGGUGAUAAAGACAAGGACAGUAAUUAUCAUAAAAACUACUUUACUCUUGAACCCAAAGUGCAUGACAAGAAAGAUGAGUGUAAUAAAAACAGUAUUACUAUAACUAAGACUGUGCCAAAACAAUCUCCAGGGGGUAAUAGUCAAUUUGAUAAAUCUAAAACUCAAAUAAAACCCACAAAGAGACCAUUACAGUGUUUGGAAACACUAGCUGAAAAGGCAGGUAUAACUUUUGAAGAUAAAUAUGAAGCAGCAAAUACUUUGUUGGCUUUAGACAAACAGAAUCUAAACAGAAAACCUGAAUUAAAGCAGCCAAAAUCUGAACCGGAUAAUCACAAUCAACAAGAAGAAUACAGAUACCGGAAUCAGAAAGAAGAAGAUGAUAAAUUACAGAUCCAGCAGCAGAUAAUACAACAACAACAACAGCAGCAACAACAACAACAACAACAACAACAGCAGCAGCAACAACAACAACAGCAACAACAACAACAACAGCAGCAGCAGCAGCAACUGCAACAGUUGCAGCAACAGCAACUGCAACAGUUGCAACAUCAGCAACUGCAGCAAUUACAACAACAAGCUCUACAAAGACAACACCAACAAGCUAUACAACAGCAUUUAAAAAAUCAACAAGAUCAGCAGGAAUUGUUACAGAAGCAGUAUCAACAACAGUCUCAACAACAGAAACAAGAAUUACUGCAAAUAACUCAACAAUCGGAACAUCAACAGAAAUUCUUGCAGCCGGUGCACACGCAGCAGUUCAACGUACCAGGAAUAGGAGAGAUCAAUCUAAGUUUCUUGGCGUCACCACAGAGCAACGUGAACCUGCUUUACGACAAGAACCACAAGCCCGGCAUGAGCGGCGAAAUCAAACCGCAACAAAUAGUAGAGGGUCAACCGCAAGUAGUGCAGCACCAGCUGAGCAUGGCGCAACACGAGCCAUCGCAGCAACACCACCAGACUGUCACCGUCGUGUCCUCGAUGCCCAGCAACAUGGCCUCGCACCAGGUACAACAACAACAGACCGGCGGAGGUAUUCAGCAGCAAUCUAACGCUGGAAUAACGACGAUGCCGCCCCUACAAAGUUUGCCUUCGAACGCUCAACAUCCCCAGCAACUUAGUGCGGAAUGGGGUCACAGCCGGGUCCAGGUGAUUCAGCAGCCCCUGCCGAACAAUGCGUACCUCCAGCAGCUGUACAACACCCAGGGACCGCUACUCAUGCCCGGGAACAUAGCCUUGCAUCCCGGUAUCAAUUCGCAACAGAUUCAGGUAAUAGCUGCGGGAAAGCCUUUUCAAGGCAACCAGCUCGGUCCGCACAUGUUAACGACGCAGGGCAAACAAGUACUACAGGGCCAAGCAGCGCCCUUCCCCGGGUAUACUACAAUACCCGCGAUCCCGACGACGCAGAAUCAAACGUUCGUCUUCAGUUCGAACAUACUGCCGGCGCACUCGCAGCCCACCGUGUCCGGAAUAACUCAGCAGCAGAAACAAUCCGACAUGCAUAAGUGCGGCGGUAAGGUGACCGGCGGGAAGGUCGCCAACGCUAAUGCUGGCGGGAAUCAGACUGUUCCCGUUCAAGCUCAGUGCGUCCAGGUGUCGCAGCCGGUACUCAGUGCUCAACAACCUGCGCAGGCGCAGAUCAUCGGGCCCCUGCAGACCGGUGGACAGACGAUGCAGUUCGCGCCGUGGCAGAUCUCCGGAGCUCUGCCGCAAGUGUGGGCGGGGGGGCUCCAGGCUGGCACUCUGCCGGCGGGGGGCCUGCUCACCCCCAACCCUAUAUUCAUAAGGGGAACUCAACCGGACGCGCCCCCCUCCAUGUUCAUACAGCACUCGCCGCAGAACACUGUCCACCACAACAGCGUGAGCGUAGCGUGUGCGACGCCCACUACAGCAAAGCCGCGUGCUUCUGCCGAUGGGAUUUCGAAGGCUCCCCGUCCGCUAUCGAACAUCCUGCCCUCUGGUGGGAUCAGACCUAACUCAAAUGUCUCCACGCAAACGAACGCUAAUCAAGCUCAGAACCAGGCAAAGCAGCGCGGCAAGCCAGGCGUGAGGUCUCCAGCUCCAGCUAAUAAACAGGAUGCGGCCAAUCAGACGAACAAAAUGCAGCAUCAGAUCCAACAGCCGAAACAACAAUUGUUAGUGAUGAACUCGUCCGGUCAGAUGGCGCAGAUAACGAGCGUGCAAGACAAACAGGCUCUGAACAAGAACCUCCAGCAGCAGGCUUUACUCCAACAACAGAUACAACAACAGCAGCAGUCAUCGGUUCAACAACAACAGCUGUUGCAUCAACAACAAACUCAGCAAAUGGUGCAACAUUAUCAACAGCAAGGAAUGACGCUGGGCAUGCAACAAGGUACUCAGACUCUGCCCAUCGCUGGGAUGCCACAAACCAUAUCAAUGGUGCAACAAAUACAUCCUCUUGGAGCCAUGGGUCAAGCCGGUACAAUAGUCGGGCAGCUGAACACAACACAGACCGCGCAAAACACUCAGAUGACACAAGUUCAAACACUCCAGCAACAACCGCAGACCCUCGUUGGCAAUGGAUUGGUCCAGACAUCUGUCGGGAUGGCGGUGCAGCAACAAACCACGCUCAGCCACGCUACCCCCAUGCAAGCGGGUGCGGUUGGACUUAUCGCUGCACCGGUCCAAGGGUCAGUGAUGCCGAUGCAGACAUCGACCGCCAUGGUGGCCCACGUCAAGACCGAAGAUGAUAAAUCUCAACAGGCUGCUACACCGGUCCGAUUUCAUUCGAAUACGUAUGUACAGGCGCCCGUGCAGCAGAUCGCUCCGCAACAGCAGAUGGUCGCCGAGUCGACAACGGAUGCGGCCGUAUCCGCGACGCCAAUCAUAAGCUCGGCCGCCUCCGUUCCGAACAACACCGCCGCGGUCACGACCGUCACUACGGCCGACGCGUCUAUCUCCACCAGCACAUGUAUGGGGCCACCGCCGCCACCAGACGCGAAGCCGAUUUUGUCGAAGAAGGAGAUCGUUUCGGUGGCUGACUCAACUCCCUCCUCGGUAUCUCCAAGUGUGUCAAACAACUCCACUUCUGUGGCGAGCAGUGCGCAGCAAACGACCCCUAUUCUACCGCAGCUGGUGACAACGUCUUCUGUGUCUGCAUCCACAAUGACUUCGGUGACCACAGCGUCCGUAGCUUCCGGUACAUCAACUAUGUUCAAGAGCACGCAAUGUACUCCGCGUCAUAUCAGCCAAGCCGCUGCACACGACAAAGGGCUCCCCAAAGCUAUGGUGAAGCCGAACAUACUGACGCACGUGAUAGAAGGAUAUGUCAUCCAGGAGGCGGGAGAACCAUUCGCGGUGAACCGACCUCUACGCGAAUGGGCUGACAAAGAAGACAAAGAAAACAAACUGCCCAGUUCGGACGAGCCUCCACGUAAAAAGCAGAUGCUGGAAGGCGGCGCCAGUUUGCCCCGUAUAAGUUCUAGUAACGAUAACCACGUCAGCGAAUCUUCAACACAAAACGCCAAUGUGAAGGCCGAGGCCUCAUCUAACGUUGAGAUGGCCGACUCUCAACCUACGAGUGCCGACUCUGCACAAGCUAAGAUACCUAACGCUAACAAAUGGACGGUGGCCGAAGUGUGCGAGUUCAUCCGCAACAUCCCCGGAUGCGCCGGUUACGCUGACGAGUUCCUGAUGCAGGAGGUCGACGGUGAGGCGUUACUCCUCAUCAAGCCGGAGCACCUCGUUAUGGCGCUAUCCAUGAAGCUCGGACCGGCGCUCAAGAUAGUCGCCUGCAUCGAUUCCCUGCGGCCGGAAAGCGAACAAAACUUACACGAUCACGACUAAGUACGGCCACGAUACCGGAACAACUAAUGAAGCCUCCGAGAAUCUAAAGUGUUCAUCGUUUUAUAUUAUUAAUAUUAUUAUUAUUAUUAUUCUUAAUCUAAUAGCGUUCUGAUGGCGUAGUACUUUAAAAAAUAUUUUUUAUUAUCGUUGUUAUUUAAAAUCAUACAGUAGACGUGGGCUGUGUUACAGAAAAUCGAGCUAAAAAUACAAUACCACAAUAAUAUUAUGAUUUCUCAGUUCGUACUAAUAUGCUAUUAUAAAAUAGUAUAUUAAUUUUGCUUAAAUGCUAUUUAAAUAAUUCCGAAAGCGAACUAGAAUGUUGAUCUGGCAACAUUUAAUCAGCUAUAAAUAUGUGUUGAUUUCAAUACAAUACGUGUCUACUUAUUUUAAGAGGUCUUCAAGAAUGGUGAGCAUAUUUCUCAUAUUUAAAUUAAAAUGUUUAUACGCUUCGUCCCGUUAGUAAAGAAAAUUCGAAUCACAAUAGGCAAGUUGACUGAUAAUUUUUAUUUUCUCACGGAUAAGCUAAACGGAACAUAAAAGCAGAUAGACGGUCGUCGAAAGUUUAUAUUUAAAUUAACCUUAGAAUUGAAGUGGGUUAACUAAAAAAUUUUAAAAAAUGAGUUAGAUACUUUAAGGGACUUAUAAAAAUGUAUUCUAUCAGUUUAUAAAAUUAAAAUUUAAUUAGAAAAAAAAGCAAAGUACACUUUCCAUCAUUUUAAAUAAAUUUUCAAUCAAUUACCUUAAAAUUUAAGGUACUAUGCAUGUGCUUUAAGGCUUAAAGUAUUAAAAUAAAAACUGAAAAAUAAUAAUUCUUCCAUUACAUUUUUGGGGUUUACAAAAAAAAAAAAACAAAAUUUGGAUUAAGCUACUUCAAUUCUAAAUUGUAAUAAGUCCAGAUGCGUGAAAAUUGCUACUACUGCACUAGCUAAUCGUGACGCUAUAAGUUCGCUUGUGUAAACACUAACUCUGCGCGAAAGGGACAACCUUCGCGUGUCCCUACAAAAACAUUUCAUAGUACUUCGUUGUUCACUCUAAAAUUACCCUUAUUGCUCCAAUGAAUACGACGUCAGUCAACUGCCCUAUUAUUGCAUACCAUUACCGUACACUGCUUUGUUAACUCUGUUCAACAAAAUCAUCAUUUUGUAUAAUAUCACAUCGUCACUACAUACAACCCGUUCUUAAAUGCUUGUUAAAAUAUCCAAUUAUUUAUUGAAAAUAAACGAAAAAUCAAUAGUAAAUUUUCAUGAAAAACAAUUAAGUAGAUAAGUUUUUUUUUUUUAUUUUCGAUUUACUUGAUGUUCAUUUAUUUUAAGUCUACGUAAACUGUACUUGUUUAUGUGAGGUAUUCGUCAUUCUUACAUUAAUGUGUUGGUUAUUUAUUUGGAAUAAUGGGCAUGUUUAAUAUGGGGACAAUGUCGUAUGAUCCGCCUACUUAGGUAUAAGCUGCAAUAUAACUUGCAUGUAUUAUAUAAACAACUUGUCUCUCUCUUACUAUCUAUCUAUCUCAUUCGUUUAUUUAAAUAGUCCUAUACGUUGGAUAGGGACGCUGUUGUGUUCCUGGUUGCGUCUUAAUUCGUAGUAGAUUAGUUAAUAUAGGUAAACAACAUUUAUGAACAUUUUUAGUUAAUUGCUGAGUUGCAUUUAUGUAAUAUAAAUAAUUUACUCAGUGGUGCUGAAAUUUUAAGGGAAGUUUUUUACAUAAAUUUUCAUCCUACGAUGCGCUAAAAUUUACUAUCAGUACUGGUGUUUGACGUAAUAGGAUUCCGUACUGUAUUAUGCAAAUAUUGUUUGUCAUUUUUCAUUUUGCCAAUGGGAACCGGUGCCAAGCACUUCACUUACAUGGAAAUGUAAUUUUAGUUCUAUAUCAUUGCAGGCAAUGAAAUUGCUUUUCAUCGUUUGUAUGUAUUUUUUUAAUUUCCACAAUAUUAUAAAAGUUAUGAUAACCUCCACUGUAACUGACUUGUUUCGAAGAUCAUUUUUAUCUGUAAAUUUUUUUUUUUCGUAUUUAGUAAAUCUAAAAUCGAAUCGCAUAUAAUGAUAUGCAAACAACUCGGUUCAGUGGACGUCGUCUCGGAAGUCUCCAAAUUAGAGACACAAAAUUGAAUCUGCUCAUGCAAAUAUCGCUUUGAAACUGCUUCGUGUAAAACCUUUUUUUAUCGUCUUUGGAUUGGCAUACCAAUAAACAUACAAAUAAUUUUUAGAUCCAUUAUUAAAUGAGUUCUAAUUUAAAAAGAUGUACAUACGAAAUUAUAUAAUUAAAACUUUUUGUUUAGUUGACUUGCUUUGAUUCUUAUCAAUGAUCAUGAUGAUCAAUAUUAUUAAGGCGAUGAUGAUUUCAUUUUCCACAUUCGCAUUUAAGAUUAAAGUCGAUUUGACUCCAUCGCACGACAAGAAGUGAUCAGGAAAAAUUCCUUUUUUUACCUUUCCCUUCAGACGACACUGCUGUUUAACUAAUUAAGUAUAUAAAUAUAACUAUCGCCCAUUUACUACCAACGUAUAAAUAAAGGUUCAACCUAAAUUAUACUGAAACAGUGUUAACAGGUUUCCAAACGUAAGCCCUCGUGAGAACCAUUCGCGAUACGUACAAUUAUGACUUUCACAAAUGCUGAAUACUUAAGGUACCUACGCUCCUAGUCUCUAGGCAUGUGUGGUCAUGUUGGGCCACGAGAAUUUUAUUAAAAUGAACAUAAUUUUUUUUUAAAUAAUAUUGAAUUCCUGUUGCAUUUAUACUAAUCACAAUUAAACACUCGGCCAAUAUAUGAUUCGUUUGUCACAUAAUAGUAAAUUUUUUUUUAAUCGAAAUUACAUACAUAAAAGUCAUUGUUAAUGUGACAGAUUGUGCGAGAAUAUGAAUGAAUUGAUUAAUCAGAGUGACUGUGUAAAAUACACGAAAAACUGAUCCUGAUAGCUUAAAAACUAAAUUCGUUUUAAUUUUUAUACGGAAAUGAUAAGAUCACACAUUUUGGUAGUAGAAAAAUAGUAGUACCUGUGUAACGCCGUUCUUGUAAGAUGUCUUUUUCAAAAGCUUAUCUAUCUUCUACCAUUAUUUAAACUCUAUAAUAAUUUUCCAGUCAAUAAAACUGGAUUUCACCAAUGAACGUUACUCUGGGGUAAUUCGUGUUGAAAAUUAGACGGCGUCCUCGUUUCAUUGACUGACAAAUGAGAAAUAAAGGACUGUAGAAUAAACACUGGCGGGAAAAUAAUAUAUUAAAAAAAUUAAAAUAAAAUGGCGUCAUGUUAACGCAACAGCUGUUUGAUUUUUGUUUCGUAAAUCGUUCUAAGACUGUAUUAUAAGAAAAAAAUCUAUCACCGUGUCGAAGUGUUUGCAUUAUUCAUCUUAGGAAAUUCAUGGUGAUUAUUUAUGUUUGAAUGAAAACUUUGAUAAUGGAGCGAAACAAAUCAACAUGCAAAUGACGUAUGUAAUGUAACUACGACAGAUAAAAAAUACUAAAACCUCUUUGAAUACUUCGCAUACCAAAAUCACUUUAUUAUUUGACGAUAAUUAAGACUCAUGUUCUCAGAAUACAAGACUACUUCGCACAUACGGUACUAUAAAGUCACUUAUGCAAUUUUUAUUAACACUGAACUGAGUAUGAGAAAAUACAUUUUUUAAUAGUUAUUAGUGAGACGAGAGAGAUGUUUGCUUUUACUGAUGAAGUUUGUAGUUCAUUUUAUUUCUAUAGCCUAGCAAAACUAUAAUAAUAUAAGAAUUAUAUAAUAAUUGAAUUUUCCAACGUUUCUCCUGGAAAAUUAAACAAUUUGCAUAAGUGACGUUAUCGCAACCGUAUUUGCGACAUAUUCCAGUUAUUCAUGACGAAACUUAAAACGAAAUAAAAAGAAUUAUAAUUUUUUUCUUAAGUUCAUUUAUAUUUGGUGAAAUCCGGUAUAAGUGUAGAAGAAUACUCAACCACGUCUUUUUGUUAAAGUCCUCUAAAAUAAUAUAAAUAUAAUUAAUAAUAUAGUUUAACAAUAUUUGCUCACGUAUGCAAUAAUAAAAUAUAAACGUUGCAAUAUAUUUUAAGACUGGAUUAUUGAAAUUCUUUACAACACCCUAAAAUUAAUAGUUCGCCUCAAAGUCGUGAUGACGACUACAUGUUUAAAUCAUUUCUAGAAUUAACAGCAACUGUACAUUCGUUGUACAUUCAUUAGUUUUAUAUUAUUUAAUUUAAACAUUGUAUUUUACUUGUAAAUAUAUCGUGCCAAUAGAAAAAUUCAUUGAAAAUGGUGGCUUGUAUAAUACGUUCACUGAUUGAUUGUACCCUUUUAGUCUGAGUGAAGAGAGUUUCCGGAAGAAAGAGAGAAAAAACCCGACUGCCGCCAUUUUCGGUCAGUUUAUCAAUUGGCCCGAGUUGCGUAUAUGUUUUAUUACAAUUUAUGCGCCAUUCGUGUUGAAUGUGUACCUGCAAUUUGAUUUCGUUUUGAUUUAGAACAACCAGUCUAAUCGAUUGUGAAGACACUGCUGUUACCGAUGGAAAGUAUCAAAAUUAUGACACAUUUACUUUUAAAUUUUAAUUAUGUUAAAAGUAAAUAAAAUCAACACACUUUGUCUAUUUUAAAUGCCUAUCAUUAUUAAUUUAACUCAAAUCGAUUAUUUGAAUUCGGAUCACAUUCAACACUAUUCGAUAUUUAAUAUUAAAACUUGUAAAUGUUCGGUGCUAAUUAGUUAAAUUCGUAUAUAAUUUCAUUUUAAAACUACAUUUGUAACGUACAUUUUUUCUUUUCUUUUUUUUAUGUUGUAAAUAACCACAACAUUACUAACUGCGAUAGCAUAAUUUCAAGCAGUACUUUUUAAAUAUUCCUUGGGCUAUGUAUAAUUACUUACUAGAAUAUAUUAUAAUCGACGUUGUGUAAGUUAAUCAUGUAAUCCACUAAGAUAUCUAAUUGUCCUAGGCUUCUAAUUAGUUGCAUCUAAAAUUUAAUUUCUUUAGAUCUGUACUGAAGGUUGCAGAAUACGAAACGAUCGAUAUUGUAAUUUUUAGUGGUACUUUUAUCACGUUCAUUAUACACGAUUUAAAUGUAAAUAUUAAAAAUUAAAAAUAAGUAGUUAUUGUAUCUUAAAAUUGUUGUUCAAUGUAUAAAAUAAUAUGUUACACUAUCUUAAUUACCUAAAUCACCAAAAACAGGUAUAUACUAUAUCAUUCUAUAGAUGAUUACAAACAAUUAAAUAUUUUAGUAAUUAGGUAUGUCUCGGAGAUGUUUUGUAACAUAAUUUUCACUAUGAUCAUAAGUUAAGCGAAUAUUUACAGGUAUAAUAUUCGUUUAGUAUAGGUACGUUUCCAAGGAAGGUUUUUUUAACGUAUUCAAUGGUCACAUUGUGGAACAUAUUUAUAUACUUACGAUACUUUCCACUUGUAGAUGUUAGGUUUGUUUAAUUAAUAAGUACGUGUAGGUGUGUAUCAGUUGACAAUAGACUUUAAUAAAUAGGUUGAGCUUGAGCACUGCCAUGAGAUCAUGUUUUUAAUGCGACCACACUGUGAUUAUUAUAUUGAAACCGUGCGUUUUUGCAUGUUAAUGUGUUGUGUUCGUAGCUUGUGUGGUCGUAUAUUACGAAAUAGGAAUAUAACGAAAUUUGUCACACUUUGCUCAAAUCGGUACAGAAGCAUACACUAUUCAAUCAUUAAAUUAGCAAAAUAAAAAUAAUGGAGACUGA